AUCGGGUGGCGUCUGUGAGCUGGCCGGGUUUGGCAGGUAAAUUGCAGAAGAGGCUGAAGGGGAAUAAUAAGCAGAAAUAAAAAUAUAAAAAAAAAAAUGGGAUUUUCUGUUCGCGCAGCGGGAUGGCGUUGCGGCCGACCAAUUUCGGCGAAGCGCCUCGUGCGUAAGUUGGUUGUGACAAGUGACAACAGUGGGCAGUGGAGGGGCAGCAGCAGGAGGAGCAGCAGCCAGCCAGCACUGCCCUGUUCUGUUCUGCUCUUGUUGCUCUGGCUGCCUGCCCACCACCCGCCUGGUUGUCUUUUGGUGCGGUAUUUUUUUUGUUAUUCAGUGUUGAAACUGGUUAGCAGCCGUUGACAAGAGGCUAAAAAAUAAACACUGAAUAAAAAAGUUAGAGUGUAUUAAAUACGUUGUGUAUUUUUCUCUUUUCCUUUUUUUUUCUUUCUUCGACCGCGCACACAAGGGUCCCGUUUUCCACCAAAAUAAACUCAGAUCGGUCAAAGUCUUGGCAACGGUUCGCUGCUUUGUGGCCUGCUCCACCACCAUCACGACACGGUUCCUCUUCUCGUCUCCAUCACCACACCCACCACCCAUGCUUUUUUUUUCUUUGGUUGGUCUCGGGGAAGGUGAGCCGUGCCCACUCACAUGCUGCAAAAUUCCAUCCCUUGUUUUACAAUGUGCAGGUACUGAAGAAGAGUGAGAAGGUAAAGAAAAAAACCGAAAAACCGAAAAGACAAAAGCACCAAAAAGAGGACACACAAGAAGCCUUGGGUGGUGGAAAAGAAGGAGACACGCAAAACAAUACAAAACAGGUUGGUAACUAACUACACCAUCUACGCCUUGCUAUGUAAACUGGGCUGCCUCUCUUCCCUCUGCUCUCCCCUCCUCCCAGGCUCCAUUUUGUCCGAAAUGAAUAAACAAAGAAAAAUGACAUGCAACCGGGGCCUCCUCCUCCUGCUUCUCCUCUCGCACUACAGUCCCGGAACGUGCUAGCUUCAGGCUGGAUGGACCACCUCGUUCAAUUGUCAGGAGAAACUAACCGCCUGCCAGACAAAACCUCUGCUCUUCUCUCUUUCAGGCUAGCUGAUUGCCUCCUCCACCGCUUCGACCAAUCCAAUAUGCGCCAUUUCCCCUUGUCCGUUCAAGAGACCCAUCGACUGGUCUGGAUCGAACGUGACAAUGUGUCUCGCCGGUGAUGAGCCCGUGCCCACCUUCCGCCUCUUACAUCAUAGUUCACACCAAAAUGGCGUCUGGCCGCGGACUCCCGGCGCCCGCGUGCCUCCCAACCCCAUUUCGCGUCGAUGCUCGUGCUCGCCUGCAAGCCAUGCGAAAUAAGCCUUUUCGAAACCCUGGGCCCCGCAGCGCCACGUCGCUGAUCGGUUUCCCUUCCGAGCUAGGCGCCGUCCUUGUCCUGCCUUGACCUAUGGCGAGUAUAUGGCGCAUACCAGAGAGCCAGUGUUGAUACCUGCUUUCUGAUAUCCCUAGACAACCUGCACGGGGCUCGUGCCCGUCCCAUACUGUCCCAUUCAGGGAGUUCCGCGCGCAAUCGCACCACUAAUAUCAUCUGCUUUCCACCCUGCUUCUCCUCCAGCAUGAGCAGCCAACCACCUGGCCGUCAGCACAGCCUGCUUUGUUUGAUAGGAGCGCCGUCUCCUUCUCCCAACGGCUGAAUUCACGCCGCCACGCCGUUGAAAGAACGAGCUAGUGAGCGGAGUCAUGCUCAUUUAUUGGUCAUUUUGUUCAGCGCAAAAAAAGAGGGCUGCGAACCCGCCGCUUGGUAUUGACGUGCUCGUGCUCAGCCGUGUAAGCGCCCGCAGAUAGGAUAUAAUGUCUCGCGCCCAUCCUCCUUCGUAGUCUUAGAGCCUACCAGCCCGUUGCGUCUCUCGUCCUUCUUCCCCUUCUUCUAGUGUUUCACUACUUUUCCUUCUUCAUUCCCUUUUCACCUGGCGCUGUUAAAGCCCUUGUUUGCCAAACAUGGCCCCCGAGAAGGACCCUGAGAGAAUCCGCUGGGGCGACGAGGAAGAGGCCCGCGGCAGGGCCCUCGCCCUUUCGCGCGACCGAAGCAGGAGCAGAGCCAAUUCUACGGAAUCUAUGGCUAUUCGCCGUGCUUCUUCGCGUGGUCCUGUCGACCCAGCCGUCACUUUGCCUAUUCAAUACCGCACCGUCUCUUUCCACAUUGAAGAAUCCAAGGGCAAGGAGCGCGCCGAGGCGAUCAAGGCUGCCAACACCACCGCCAAAGACCUCGGUGAGCUCGAAUGGCACACACUAUCCGCCAUUGAUGUUGCCUCUCGCUUGACCACCUCCUCAACCCAGGGUCUAUCAGACGAGCAGGUCAAGAGACGCCAGGUUGAGUAUGGUCGCAAUGCGCCCUCACCACCCAAGACAAAUCGUUUCUGGACUAUCUUUGGAUACUUCUUCAAGGGUUUCGGUGGUAUUCUGCUUGUCGGCAGUAUUCUUGUCUUCAUUUCUUGGGAGCCUCUCGGCUUUCCUAACCCACAGCUCGCCAACUUGGCUCUCGCCAUCGUCCUUCUUGCGGUUUUCUUCAUUCAAGCCGGUUUCAACAUGUUCCAAGAUUGGUCUACAUCCCGUGUCAUGUCAUCCAUCAAGGACAUGCUCCCAGAGCAGUCCCAGGUCAUUCGCGAAGGCAAAAUGGUCCACGUCCCCGCUGAGCAACUCGUCCCCGGUGACGUUGUCUCCAUCAAGGCAGGCAAUAAGUUGCCUGCUGAUCUGCGAUUUAUCCAGAUUUCGUCGGAUGCCAAGUUUGAUCGCUCCGUUCUGACUGGCGAGUCGCGCCCUGUCCCAGCCACUGUCCAACAUACAGAUGAAAACUACCUCGAGACGCAUAACAUUGGUCUUCAGGGAACACACUGUAUUAUCGGUACUGGUAUUGGUAUUGUGGUCGCCACUGGUGAUAAAACCGUCUUUGGUCGCAUUGCCACCCUUACCAACGAGCCCAAGACCAAGAUGACGACUCUCGAGCGCGAAGUCCUGUACUUUGUCCUCUUCAUUUGCGGUAUCAUGAUUACCAUGAUCACUGUUGUUCUGGUUGUCUGGGGUGCUUGGCUUCGUCGUGACCACCCUGACUUCAUCUCUGUCAGUGCCCUCAUUGUCAGUUGUGUCAGUGUUGCCGUCGCUUUCAUCCCCGAAGGUCUUCCCAUCGCCAUUACCGCCGGCCUCACCAUCACUGCCAACAUGAUGAAGAAGAACCAGAUUCUUUGCAAGUCUCUCAAGACUGUGGAGACUCUUGGCUCUGUCUCCAUGAUUUGCUCCGACAAGACUGGUACCCUCACUCAGGGAAAGAUGUCUCUGACCGACUGCACCAUCGGAAGCCACAGCUUCACUGUCGCUUCACUUGAUGACAAGGAAGAAAAGAAGGUCCCAACUCUGCCCCAGGUUGCUGCUAUGGCUGCACUCUGCAACGCUGCCGAGCUUGAUGCUGCCCAGGCCGAUGUUCCUCUUGCCCAGCGUAACAUCUUUGGUGAUGCCACUGAUACUGCCAUCCUCCGCUUUUCUGAGUCCCUUGUCGGUGGCAACGUUGGUUACUACCGUGGCUGCUGGCAAAAGGUGUUCGAUUUGGCUUUUAACAGCAAGAACAAGUUCAUGAUUCGCUGCUUCACCAUUUCUCGUCGCGAUGCUCUGCAAAACACUCUUCCCGCUAGCGAAGCCUCUACAUUUGAAGACCGUGACAUGCUUCUGACCAUCAAGGGUGCGCCAGAUAUCAUUUCUGGCCGAUGCUCCAACUACCUGACCUCCAACGGUGACAUUAUGCCCAUGGAUGCCGCUGCGCUUGCCAACUUUGAACGUAUCAAGGCCAACUACUCAUCGCAGGGUAAGAGAUGUAUCUUGCUCGCCCGCAAGGUUAUCCGUUCUACCGAGAUUGUCUUUGCCCCAGAGACUACUGAGUUCGAAAAUGCUAUGCUUGAGUUCUCAAAGACUGGCCUGACCCUUGUUGGCCUGGUUGCUAUUGUUGAUCCCCUCCGUCCCGAAAUCCCCCAAGUCGUCUCUACCCUUCGCAAUGCUGGUAUUCGUAUCGCAAUGGUCACUGGUGAUUUUGGCUUGACUGCUCUCGCCAUCUCCCGCGAUGCUGGUAUCGUGACCUGCACCCACGUCGACUCUGUUUCCCACCUUGAGCGUUACCCCGACUCUGCUUCUAUCCAAAAUGACUCCGACUCCGACAAACAGGGCGCCCGCCUUUCUCGCGGCGCUAUCGUCAUCUCUGGUUCCGAACUCACAGGCCUUAGCGACCACCAGUGGGAGGUGCUUACCCAGUACGAAGAGAUUGUCUUCGCUAGAACCACCCCCGAGCAAAAGCUUCGCAUUGUCCGCGAGUUCCAAAAGAACAAUGUCGUGGCCAUGACUGGCGAUGGUGUCAACGAUGCUCCAUCACUUAAGGCUGCCGAUGUUGGUAUUGCCCUUGGCAGUGGUUCAGACAUUGCUAUGGAGGCCGCCGACAUGGUUCUGCUUGAUACCUUUUCUUCCGUUGUCGUCGCCGUUCAGUAUGGUCGUGUUGUCUUUGACAACCUUAAGAAAGUCAUUGCCUACUUGCUUCCUGCCGGUAGUUUCUCUGAGUUCUGGCCCGUCAUCACCAACGUCGUCUUUGGUCUUCCUCAGAUCCUGUCCUCCUUCCUUAUGAUUGUCAUUUGCUGCUUCACUGAUUGUUGCGCCGCAACUGUGCUCUCCUACGAAAAGCCCGAAGCUGAUGUCCUUCUCCGCCGCCCUCGCAACGUCAAGAAGGAUCGUCUCGUCAACUGGCAGCUCAUCUUCCAGGCCUACGGUAUUAUUGGUAUGACUGAGACGCUUGCCUCGUUUGCCAUGUCUUACUGGUACCUCGAGCGCAACGGCAUUGCCUUUAAGGACUUGUGGUUCUCUUUUGGCAAGAUUCCCGACUACGUCACCGAAGACUACUACAACCAGAAGCUUACCGAAGCCUCAUCUAUCUACUUUGUCAACUUGGUUGUCAUGCAGUGGUUCAACCUCAUGGCUACUCGAUGCCGCAGACUGAGUAUCUUCCAGCAUCCUCCCAUCCUGAACAAAGCCACGCAGAACCUGUACCUGUUCCCUGCUAUGAUCUUUGCUCUGCUCAUGAUCUUCCUCUGGCUGUACCCCCCUGCCAUUCAGCAAGUCAUUAUUACUGCCGCCGUCCCCGUUGAAUACUUCUUCCUUCCGUUUGCCUUUGGCAUGUACAUCAUUCUCAUUGAUGAGGCCAGAAGAUUCUGGGUCCGCAAGAAUCCUCACGGCUGGAUCGCUAAGGCUGCAUGGUAAAUGGAAACAUUUGCGCUAGAGAAGACCAAAAAAUGUAGAGUGAGGAGUAUAGACAGGGCACUGGGUGUUUCUUCCCUGCACAUAGAUUUCUAAAUAUGUUGUAUAUGCACAUCGUGCGAACAAACCACGAAUACAUACAGUUAUAAAAACAAUUCACAAUGUGAUUAAUUAUGCCGUAGGUUAUUCUCUUUGUUAAUAAACCAUUAUGGGCCCUCAGGCUCGUAUAUAUGAUGUUAUUG